UCUCACUCAAUCUCGAGAGCAGGUCGUCGGCGAUGUUUCCCGGCAGAGAGAAUCCGAAGGGGACGGCGAAUCUGAAUAUGGAGAAUCUUUUCGUGCAUGUAUUUGAGAGCAAGAGGCGAAUCGUCGAGCAGGUCAAGCAAGGAGUAGAUCGAUUGGACCGGCAUUUAGCCAUGAAGUGCCUAAUUUCCGGAGUCUCUCCUCCGCCGUGGCUUCUACCUUCCCAAACUUCCGAGCCGAAUAAGGAGGAAAUUAUCUCAGGACUCCUAUUUCCUCAAUCAAGACCUAGCAGCCAUCCCUUUUCAUACCAAAAGCCUGUCAGUUUUCUAGCUGACAAUGUAGUAAGACCUGAAAAUAUUCUUGAUGCUACAUCUCCUGGACAUAGCCAAGGGAAAGUGGAUCCCAAAAGUGUCUCAACUACUGGUUGUGAUCGGAAACCAUCAUCUCCUGGAUAUUUUCAAGAUGAAAUUGAACCAAACUCUGGCCUUGACCCUGGAUUACCACUUUCCAAGAUUCAGAGAUCUAAGUCACGACAAAAAGAUUUGGAGCUUCGUAGUAGUGCCAAAGCUUCCAAAAGCCGAUCAAAUAGUAGAAGUGAGCUCAAACCUUCUCCCGGAGGAAAUAUAGGCCUUGAGAUUGCUUCUUUAAGGCCCGACUGUGUUUCUCAAGGUAAGGGAGGGGAUCAGUUUAUUAAGCUUAUUUCAAGUGAAGAGUCUUCUAACCCACAUCAGAAAGUGGGUUCGGUGCAAAAGUCUUCCAGUGGGGGUAUUUUUGCUUCUAUUGUACCAGAAUCUCCACUCGAGUCUGGUGAAUUGAAUGAGAUGAAUGUAUUACAGACCAUUGAGACAAUUGAUAAUAUGUCUGCCAAAGUAGAUGAGCAAGUGGAUGAUCCCCAAAGCAGAAGUUGCAAUGAAACAGCUUAUCUCGAUGGAGGUACAAGAUCUAUAAGCUCGAGUCAACAGAGCUCCAAGAGGGAACAUCAAAAGCCAAGCAGCUCCUUUUCUGGUGACAUUCCGUCAAGAAAUUCAAAUCCCUCUCACAGGGCAGAUCAUGAAGUCGAAUUACCCUUGGUAAUACCUCUCACUAAUGAAGUUUCUAUGGUGACAGAUGCUGGAACGAGCAGUAAUGCUCGAGGAAAUAGAUCCAAGACCGAAAAUUUAGGCUCUGAUGAGUCUUCUUCAGUUGACGUGGAGCCAAGACAUUCGAUUUCAUUACUGAAAGGUGGCGAUGUAAAGGAGUCGCUGAAUCCCUCGGCUAUUGAUGUUGAAGAUUUGGUAGUUGAAAAUACUGCGAGCGACGAUCAAUCUAAAGAAAAAGGUGAAUGUGUUGACACUAACAGAUGUUCAAGUUCUGGAAGGGUCAGCCAAACUAGCAUAUCCAGUGAAGAUUUAGUAGCUGAAGGUGUAAAAGAGUCACUGAUUCCCUCUACUAUUGAUGAUGAAGAUUUAGUAGUUGGAAAUAUAACGAGCGAGGAUCAGUCAAAGGAAAAGGGUGAAUGUGUAAAGGAGUCACUGAUUCCCUCGACUAUUGAUGUUGAAGGUUUAGUAGUUGACGAUCAAUCAAAAGAAAAUGGUGAAUGUGUUGACACUAAAAGAUGUUCAAGGGCUGGAAGGGUCAGCCAAACUGGUAUAUCCACAGAUGAGACGACAAUAGUGAGUGCAAUCCAAGACUCUUUAUCCAAGACCGAGCUUUUGGGCUUUGUUGAGUCCUCUUCAGUUGAAGUGCGGUCAAGACGCUCAGUAAUACAAUCAGAUGAUGAAAAUGUAUUGUUGAAGCCCGUUACUGUUACUGGUGAAGCUUUAUUAGUGGAGGAAGAUAACGCUGGGGAAUCAACUGAAAUAAGCAGUAUUCCAAAAUCUAGAAGUUUAAGCCAAACAGACAUCACGGAAUUUGAGCCAGUGGUGGUUGAAUCUAUUCUUCAGGAAAGCGGUACUCUAGAAGACUCGAUUGACAAUUCUAAAAAAUGUGAUACUAGUUGUGGGUCCAAGGAAGUGCAGCCACAGACACAGGGUUCGUUGACCAGAGCAGGUGGUAACCAAUGCCAUGGAAGAUUAAGUACGCCAAGAAGGUCAGCCAAUGAAGAGGAUUCAACAAAUGAGCUUAAGGCUCUUUCUGUUAGCUCUGAUCAUAAAACGGCUGACAAACAGCAGGAAGUUAGAGCAGAAAAUUCAUCAUUGACAACCUAUGAUCUCCCUGUAUUUAUGAAGGCUGAAUCAUCCCGUUUUGACGAUAAUGAAGAAUGCAACUUCGAAACGGAGAUUCCCAUGAAUAGUCGAGAAAAAUCUUCAAUGGAGAAGACCGCAACACUAGCAUCCGCCACAAUGAAGUUAGAUGUUCCAUCUCUCACUGAUUCUGAAGUACUUCUCUCGGCAGACAGUGAAAUGCAUGACACUGAAGAUCAUAAUGGCUUAAAGAAAGAAAUGGUACCAGAAGCGAAAUCGCCUGCUAGCCAUACUGGCAUUAAAAUGGGAGAGAAUGAACCUCCAGAGUCAAAUGCAUUCACUGGUCACAUAGAUGCAUUGACAAAGAGGCCGCAACAUGAAACAUCUUCUGACAAUUGUAUUCCCCCAAUGAAUAGAAAUCUACCUCAUUGUCCAGAGAGCUCUAUACAGGAAUUUUUCUGUUCAAGUUCCUUCAUAGAGGGUUCCAAACUGCAGAAUAAGCGGAGAAGAACCCUAGCCAAAUCAAAUAGUAGAGUGCUUUCGACAAGCCCCGGGGGAGACAUUCUUUCAGAUUCUGUUACGGAAACAGUACAUCAUAGGGAGGAAGUCGCAUGUCACAACCUCAAUCACUAUGAUGUUGAGUUACAAAAGAUGAUUGGAUCUGCAUCGUCAGCUGAGUUACGAUUUGAAGAGGGUUACCUAUUCAAGGAAGCUGGAUUGAUGAGUCCUCUAAAUCACGGAUUUAAAACAGAAGAUAUGGACGUUUUGCCAUUUGCUGGAGAAACCUCUCAUCCAUUUGCUAGUUGCGGUGUCCGCGAUUCAGAUUGUUCUCCUUGUUUAUCACCCUUGGGUUUGAUUGGCUCAGUCGAUGGAAGCCCCCCUGUUUUGGAGGGCUUUAUACUCCAUACCGAUGAUGAAAAUCGAAGCAGUUCCAAAAACCAGAUAAAACAUGACAGCUUCCAGCUUCCAAGAACUACAGCAGAAAGUGCGACCAUGAUAGAGCAGAUUCGCAAGUCUGCUUGCAAGACCACUCCAUCCUUACAUCUAGCGAAAACCAUUAAGUUCAACGGAAAACGGGACUUGGAUCAGUCUGUUUCAACUGAGCUGCUUGAUGGCACGUUUUUCAGUCAGAAUCUUGAGGGUAGCUCUGUCUUUGAUAACUUGGGGAUUAACCUUGAUUAUACAGGAAGAUUGUACACUGACUGUCAGCCUCUUUCUGGUGCUGGCUUAUCUACUGAUGCUAGGAAUCCUCGCGGGUCUCCAACUGAGAAGUUGUGGUAUAGGAGUUUGCAAAAGUCUUCAAGUUCAGAGAAGCGGGGCAGUCAGACACCAGACCUACCUUGCAUUAGCGAAGAGAAUGAGAACGUAGAAGAGGAGGCUGAAAGCUUAUGUACCAACACUCCAAAGUCUAUGAACCUAGAGAAGCGUGGGAGUUCAGUUCUGGACCUUCCUUGCAUAGCUGAAGAGAAUGAAAACAUAGAUGAGAUGUCUGAAGCUGUCAAUGAAGUAUCUGAUUCCGAAAAGGGGAUUGUCUCUGCUGAAAGGAAACCUCUUGCUGAUGUCAAUGAAGUCCCUAUACAAUUUCUUCCAUCUGUCUCUGAAGCCGAGAUUCCUGUUGACAGACAGAGCCCAGACUCUGUCAAUACUGCAUUCAGCUUUUCUGCUACGUGCAAUAACAGUGUCCAGAGUAAAGUGGGAAGGCAGAACGGUGGUAGCCGAAGAUUCACGGGUAAAGGUAAAGAUCACCAAGGUGGAGCAGGUGCUGGAAGAAAUGGUAGACCGCCUAGUAGCAGGUUCAGUAAGGCUAAGUUGUCUUGUAACUCGAGUUUGACAACUCUAAGGCCGCGGUUACCAGAUAAAGAACCUAGGCACAACAACAUUGUUUCCAACAUCACUUCGUUCGUUCCACUUGUGCAGCAGCAAAAACCAGCAGCUGCACUUUUUACAGGCAAGAGGGAUGUCAAAGUAAAGUCCUUAGAAGCUGCUGAGGCUUCGAAACGGAUUGCUGAACAGAAAGAAAAUGAUCGCAAGAUGAAGAAAGAAGCUAUGAAGCUUGAGCGGGCAAGGCUGGAAGAAGAAAAUCUGAGAAAACAGGAGAUGGAGAAGAAAAAGAAAGAAGAAGAGCGAAAGAAAAAGGAGGCAGAAAUGGCUUGGAAGCAGGAGAUGGAAAAGAAGAAGAAAGAAGAGGAGCGGAAGAGAAAGGAGUUUGAAAUGGCGAAUAGGAAGAGGCAGAGAGAAGAAGAGAAAAAACUGAAGGAAGCCAAAAGACAGCGAGUUGCAGAAAUUCAGAGACAACAGAGAGAGGCUGAUGAGAAACUACAUGCUGAAAAAGAACUGAAAAGACAAGCCAUGGAUGCGAAGAUAAAAGCACUCAAGGAACUGAAAGAAACUCAAAGUAAUGCUGAGAAAACCCGAGGACAGGCGAAUAGUAGGAUCCCUGAAGUAAGACCAAAGAGUAAUGCCAGCGAUGAUACCAAUGCUUCAAGAACCUCUAGAGAUGAUGAUUUCAAGGUAAUAAGCAAUCCUGGGAAAAUGUCUGAAGAGUCUUACGACAUCUCUCCAUACAAAUGCUCAGACGACGAAAAUGAAGAGGAAGAUGAUGACUGUGACGACAUGCCAAACCACAAAUUCGUUCCUUCUUGGGCCAGCAAGAGCAAUAUUCUUCACACAGUCAUUUCUCAGCAAAAGCGUGAUCCUGAUCUUACUUUCCCUGCGAAAAGCUUCCCCGAUAUAACCCAAGUUCUUUUGCCGCGAAAGUUCCGAUCGCUAUAGCUAUAACUACGAUGAGCCAAACUCAGAUUCAAAGAGACAGAACCACAAACAAAGUAAAUGACUUUGUGUUUCAGUUCCUUUCGUUUUGAAGGAAAUGAGGAACAACUCCUUACUAAAUUCAUAGUAGUUUGUGAAUAGUCUGUAACAAAUUAUCGUACAAUCAAAAUCGAAUCUUUCAAGAUUCCUUUUUGCUUUUGUAAGGAUUAGUGAAUGGGUAAUGUAAUAAUUAAAUUAGUCUCCCAUU